UUGCUUUCAGUUUUCUGUCAAUUUCAUGAAUUGUGGUGGAUGUCGUUACUCUUUGUUUGUCCCCUUUUUAUACCAAUUUCAGUGUCUGAAUUUUUUCAUCAACUCCUUGAAUAUUUCUUCUUGUUUCUUUUACAAAUAAGCGUAUUUUCCAUCUUUGGUGACUCAAAGAGGGAAUUCACUUAAACUGGUUUCAUGAUGAAGGGUAGGUCACAAAAAGUAGAUAGGGUUCCUAAAAAAUUAUCGUUUUUAUUGGAGUUGUCGGCUUCGAAUGAUCUCAUUGGGUUCAAAAGUGCCAUCGAAGAAGGGUGUCAUGACAUCGAUGAGUCAAGCUUAUGGUACGGAAGGAAAAUUGGUUCGAGGAAGAUGGGGCUUGAAGAAAGAACACCUCUUUUGAUUGUUUCCCUCUUCGGGAGCAAGGACGUAAUGAAUUAUAUUAUCAAAAGCGGUCAUGUUGAUGUUAAUCGAGCUCAUGGUUCCGAUGGUGCCACUGCUCUUCACUGUGCUGUUGCCGGUAGAUCAUUUUGUUCUACUGAGGUUGUAAGAAUCUUGCUUGAUGCGGGUGCUGAUAUCAAUUCUCUUGAUGCUAAUGGAAACAGGCCUGUUGAUUUAAUUGUUCCGACUCGUAAUUCAACUUUCAGCUUGAAGAAGAAGAUGUUGCAGUCUUUGUUGAAAGGAAGCAGAUAUGAUGGUGAAAUAGAAGGUUUGCCUACGGAAAUAGAGGGUUGUAAUUCAAUGGUCCAGAUUUUGAAAGAUGGAACUGAAAAGAAAGAGUAUUCUAUUGAUUUUACUCUUCCGAACAUUAAGAGUGAGAUAUAUGGCACAGAUGAGUUUAGGAUGUAUAAUUUCAAGGUCACGCCUUGCUCGAGAGCUUACUCUCAUGAUUGGACCGAGUGCCCUUUUGUGCAUCCCGGGGAAAAUGCGAGGAGACGUGAUCCUAGGAAAUACCUAUACAGUUGUGUUCCUUGUCCUGAAUUCCGUAAGGGUUCCUGCAAACAGGGCGAUAAUUGCGAGUAUGCACAUGGUAUUUUUGAGUGUUGGCUUCAUCCUGCCCAAUAUCGAACUCGUUUAUGCAAGGACGAGACUAAUUGCAAGAGGAGGGUUUGUUUCUUUGCUCACAAGCCUGAAGAGCUUCGUCCUGUGUAUGCUUCAAUAGGUUCAGCACUGCCCUCCCCAAGAUCUUAUUCAGCUAUGGGUUCCUCUUUAGAAAUGGGUUCAAUGAGCCCACAUGGUCUUGGCUCCCCAUCUGUUUUGUUACCUUCAACAUCAACACCGCCCUUGACCCCUACUGGUACUGGUAGUAUAUCUUCACCUAUAGCUGGAGUGACGUGGCCUAACCAGUCUAUUAUCGUACCGUCAUUGGAGCUUCAUGGUAGUAGGCUGAGAACUGCUCGAAGAGUUUGGAAUAUGGACUUGGAAAUGGAACAACUCAGACCGGAAAGUUGUCACCUCCAACCAACUCAGCAGCUAAUUGAUGAGAUAACAGGUCUUUCCUCCACCACCAAUUGGAACAAUCCCUUGUCCACUACUUCAACCUUUUCUGCAUCUGUAGACGAAACUGGUGAAUCAAAUUGGUUUGGAGGAAUCUCACUCGAUACUUCAACUCAUCAGCUGCAGUCUCCCAUUGGAGUCAGCUACAUGACCAACCUAGCAUCCUCUGCCAUGAGGGCAUCUCAAUCCUCAGGGGUCGACACAUCUAGGCCGACUGCAGGUACAAUUUUAAGUCCAAAUCCAGCUGCCUUUGCAAACCGGAGGCCAAGCUUUAUGGAACUUACUUCCAUAAAUCACCAUUUGGGGUUUUCUUCACCAAGUGCAGUGCCUUGUAACUUCUCAAAUUGGGGUUCGCCUGAUGGAAAACUAGACUGGGGUAUACAGGGAGAAGAGAAAAAUAAACUAACACACGCUUUGUGUUUUGCGUUCCAAAGCAGUAGCAGUAAUUUGGGAGAUCCAGCACAGUCAAUAUCGUCAACUUCAGAGGAGCCAGAUGUGUCCUGGGUCCAGUCUUUGGUGACGGACAGCCUUUCUGAGCAGCUCAGUGUCGAGGACGAGCAGCAAGAGAAAUAAAUUUCUCAUCAUAACAACGUCUGUGUUCUCUACCUGGGUGGAGCAAUAUUAUAUGGAACAUGAGCAUAUGGCGACCCAAAAGUAAAGCUAGAAAA